AAAAAAACUUGGCAACAAACGAACGCACGAUUUUUUUUGUAAUCGCAUCGCGCAUAAUAUUAUAACAUUUUAGUGUUAGAUAAAAUAAUUUGAAGUAAAAACUAAAAACCGAAUUGUAGAAAAUAUAAACGAAAAGAAAUUAACAAAAUUGUUAUUGGAAUAAAUAUACAAAUAAAGUAAUUUAAUAUAAAAAACGUUGAACAAUAAUCAACAAGUGGUGGAAAAGAAUAACAAAACGGAAGAAAAAAACAAAGUUGGCAAAGUCCACUAAAAUAAAGAAAUUGUGUAUUAGAAUUGUGGCUCAAAAACAUAUAAAACGAUGUGAUGAUUAUUCACAUUUAUAGAGAAAACAAAAAAUUUUAAGAGUUUCUUAAAUAAAAUCUCAAAAAUACUCUAUACUCUUUAAAAAAUCAGACCAGUCAUCAGCUAUAGCCAAUAUAAAUAUCAAUUUUUUUAUUAUUCGUUUUUAACGUUUCAAGACAAGCUUCAUUGCUUAAAAAAAUUUUAUACAAACAAAACAUCCAAUCAUCCAACAACAGCUACAAAUGAAUCUCAAACAAUACCAAGGCAAAUUCACAUAAGAUUUCCUACCAAUAACAACAACAAUAUAGAAUUUUUGGUGCUAUUAUAAGUUGUUUUAAUAUUUUGUGUGCUGUUGUUGACUUUUUAAAAAGCAAACGAAUAAAAAUACUGUCUUUGCAGUUUGCUGAUAUUUUUUGGAUUCUAUGACGUAAACUCGCGAAUAAAACAAGAUCAUACCUAUUGGUUGAGCAUGGACGUGACGCCCCUAACUUUAGAAUGUCUAAACAUGAAAAAACAAAAUCGGGUGGCCUACUGGAAAGUUGGUUUGGUCGCCCCAAGACUAAAGGUGCCAACUACAAUACAGGCACUUUAUCCGGUCGUCCCACAUCGGCGGAUGGUGAUGCUGCCUUUGAUCUACAGGAAUUGGAAAAAACCAUACGUGGUCUAAGUGAUUCUGAGGUGGAUGUUAAGUUUAUGGAAAUUCUAGAGGAUAUGAAUAUACCAAAAGAUAAACGUGGUCCUCUACUCUCAAAAUCCAUAACUGAAAGACAAAAAAUGAUUUUUAUGCACUUAAAAGGCAAAAAUUCCCUCGAACAUCGAGCAAAUUCAAAAUUUGAAAAACCCUUCGAUUACAUCGAGUACCUGCGCAAUGGAGAACAUAGUGAAAAUAAAAUUUAUGCCUGUAUCGAAAGUUUACGUGUGGCGCUCACAAAUAAUCCCCUAUCGUGGAUUAAAGAAUUCGGUGAAGAUGGUAUCGAUGAAAUUAUCAAUCUGCUAAGACGUUGUAAGCAGGAACAACGCACCUUCGAUCGUAUCGAAUUGGAAUGUAUAAAAUGUCUUAAGGCGAUAAUGAAUAAUACAUGGGGUUUAAAUCUAGUACUUACACCCGAUCAACAUACGGUAGUAUUACUUUUGGCACAAUCUCUAGAUCCACGUAAGCCCAGUACUAUGUGUGAAGCUGUUAAGCUGUUGGCUUCAUUUUGUUUGGUGCACGAUCGCAAUGGUUACGAUAAAGUAUUAAGAGCGAUAACAACGGCCGCCUCAACGUCUUACAAGUCAAGCGAGCGUUUUAGGCCUAUAGUGGAUGCUUUGUUUUUGGACGACAAAUACGAUGCUCGUAGAGAAUUAGCAUGUCAUAGUUUAAUUUUUAUUAAUACUUUAACAAAUACACCGAGUGACUUGAACUUUCGUCUGCAUUUGCGCUGUGAAAUUAUGCGCAUGGGUUUAUAUGGAAAGUUUGAUAAAUUUAAAGACAUUGUAGAGAAGAGUAAUAAUGACGCCUUGAAGCAGCAUUUCAAAAUCUUUAAUGAAAUACGUGAAGAUGAUUUUGAGGAAUUCACACAACGCUUCGAUAAUGUUACCUACAAUAUGGAUGAUGUUACGGAUUGUUUUGAUGUUAUUAAGAAUAUUGUCACCGAUACCCCCGCAGAACCCUAUUUCCUAUCGAUAUUACAACAUUUACUCUAUAUACGUGAUGAUUUCUAUUACCGGCCAGCUUAUUAUCAACUGAUAGAAGAGUGUGUGUCACAAAUAGUUUUUCACAAAUUUGGCGAUCCUAAUUUUGAAAAUCGCGAUUUUCAUAUUGAUUCUUCACUGCUUUUAGACGAUAUCGUUGAAAAGACUAAAGCCAAAGAAACCAAACGUUCGGAAGAGUAUGAGAAGAAAAUCGAAGAAUUGGAAAUUGCCAAACAGGAGGCAGAAGCAAAAGCAGCUCAUUUAGAGGAAAAAGUAAAAUUAAUGGAAGCAAAUGGUGUGGUGGCUCAAUCCCCUAACAAAUUACCAAAGGUAAAUAUACCCUUACCAGGUGCGGGUGGUGGUGGUCCACCACCUCCACCUCCGCCACCAAUGCCUGGCAUGCCUCAAAGUGGCGGUGGUCCACCACCACCACCUCCUCCUCCUAUGCCAGGUAUGGGACCAGGUGGACCAAGACCUCCGCCACCUCCUCCCAUGCCCGGAAUGGGCGGUCCUCCUGGACCACCACCUCCACCCAUGCCUGGCAUGGGUCCUGGCAUUAGAGGUCCACCACCACCUCCUAUGCUUAUACCCAUGGCCCCUGUUCUCCCGCAUGGCUUGAAACCCAAGAAAAAGUGGGAAGUUAAAAAUCCUAUGAAACGUGCUAACUGGAAAGCCAUUGUACCUCAAAAAAUGUCAGAAAAAUCUUUUUGGGUUAAAUGUCAAGAAGAUAAAUUAGCCUCGGACGAUAUGCUAAACGAACUUUCUCUUAAGUUCUCUUCGAAACCGGUGAAAAAGGAUCAAAAAGAUUCCGUAGAUAAACCGACCACAUUGACCAAGAAAAAUAUUGACUUGAGAGUGCUUGACGGCAAGGCAGCUCAAAAUCUUUCUAUUCUCCUUGGUGGCUCGCUCAAGCAUUUGUCUUAUGAACAAAUUAAAAUAUGUCUGUUACGCUGUGAUACCGAUAUUUUGUCUUCCAAUAUAUUGCAAAAUCUUAUACAAUAUUUACCACCGCCAGAGCAGUUGAAACGUUUGCAGGAAAUUAAAGCUAAAGGAGAACCUUUACCGCCCAUAGAACAGUUUGCAGCCACUAUAGGUGAAAUAAAACGCCUCUCGCCUCGCCUACACAAUCUCAACUUCAAGCUAACCUUCGCCGACAUGAUGCAAGAUAUCAAGCCCGACAUUGUGGCCGGCACUGCUGCCUGUGAAGAGGUGCGCAAUAGUAAGAAAUUCUCAAAAAUCCUGGAGCUAAUAUUACUCAUGGGUAAUUACAUGAAUUCCGGCACCAAAAAUGAUCCCGCCUUUGGUUUUGAAAUCUCUUAUCUGACCAAAUUAACAAACACAAAAGACGCCGAAAAUAAGCAAACUCUACUGCACUACUUGGUUGAUGUAGUGGAAAAGAAAUUCCCCGAUGCUUUAACCUUCUAUAAUGAUAUGACACACGUGGACAAGGCGUCACGUGUCAAUUUAGAUGCCAUACAAAAGUCAAUGAGACAAAUGACUUCUGCUGUUAAGAAUUUAGAAACCGAUUUGCAAAACAAUAAAGUGCCACAAUGUGAAGAUGAUAAGUUUAGUGAGGUGAUGGGUAAAUUUGCUGUUGACUGUCGGCAACAAGUUGAUGUGCUGGGCAAAAUGCAAGUACAAAUGGAAAAACUAUACAAAGAUUUGGGUGAAUAUUUCGUUUUCGAUCCCAGCAAAUAUACAAUGGAAGAAUUCUUUGCCGACAUCAAAACCUUUAAGGAUGCCUUCGUUCAGGCCCACCAAGAAAUCAUACGUCAACGUGAGGAGGAAGAAAAGAAGCGACGUAUGCAAGAAGCCCGCGAACAAUCAUUGCGCGAACAACUGGAAAGACAACAACGUAAGCUGGCCUUAGUCGAUAUGGAUGCGGCACAAACGCAAGAAGGUGUUAUGGACAGUUUGUUAGAAGCAUUACAGACAGGUUCCGCUUUUGGCAAUCGCAAUAAUCGUCAACAGCGUAGACAACGACCGGCUGGUGCUGAGCGACGGGCGCAACUAAGUCGUUCGCGUUCGAGAACAAGAAUAAAUCCCGGCUCUCUGGUAACGCGAGAAAUGCUCAGUAAUGAAGCUUUAAUGGGUUCUGCAUAAUUUAUUCCUAGAAAACUCUUUAUAAUAAAUUUCAUGUAUAUAUAGAAAAAAGUAAUUAAAGAAAAAAAAAAACAAACAAUGCCACUAUAGUCAUUUAAGUCAUUAUAUAAAACUCUACUUUUAACUACAACUACUUAUUUUAUAACUACUAUAUAAACGAAUGAAUGGUUCUAUAAAAAAACGAUUACCGUUGAUAACUAAAAAUCGUUUAAUAACAACUAUUCUUUAAUACUUUAUAAAUAUAAUAUAUUUUUAUACAUCGAAAAAUGUACUUGUAAAAUAAAAUAAAUAAAAAAGUA